AUGACGGAGACUGAGCGUGCCGCUUUGCCACUGAUGGAAGAGGACCGAAAGGUUAGACCUCAAGACUACGAAGAUGCCACUGACCUUGAAACUGCUCUGGAUAUAUUCCUGGAUGAGCAGAGAGCUCUGGCGGACAGCCAUAAUAAAAACAAAAAUCCCAGUCAAGAUACCAUCAACAUCGAUACGCUGAAGAAACACAAGGUCAACUUUCUCUCCAUGGCAGAGAGCGAGGUCAAUCAAUGGGUCGAGAAGCGUCCAUUCGGAUCAAACUUUACCAUUGCCAGUAACUUGCAUCAAAAACGGGCCGCACUUACGCGCGUUUUCUGCGCAUUCGACGGCAGUGAUGGAAUCAGUGCCAUGGAUGAGAAGGAGGUCCAGGCUUGGGUGAAUACUGAGGCCUUUGGCUUCCUUGGAGAUGAGACUCGAGAAGAAGUAAUUGAAGGGUUGCUAGAUGUGACUAAGAAUAUGACAUCAACAGAAGUGCUAGGAAACCCCCAAUUUUAUCCGAAUUACUAUCUUGACAGGAUAGGCUACAAACCACAUGACAGUUCAGGUUCCAGGCCCGAGUCUGACAAUGCGAAUGAGAUAACCAAAGUUGAUUUCACCAUCAUCAGUUCGCAGGAUCUCCAAGAUUAUAUCACGGACGACAUCAAGAAUCAUAAAGCUAUCGGCAAGGACUACAAUGAAACAACCUACCGUGCCAUUCUCUUCGUCCAGAAUGGAGGUACCUUCAAGUCUCCCGACGAAGGCAAGACUCCCAAGACCACUUCGUCAGACGACACAUGUAGAACUCUAUGGAUCAGGGAUGUCAAUGUCUUCAGCGAGGGUAACGACUUCACAUUGAACACGGAUGAUAAGGUCUCAGUACUGAAUUUGAUGGAUAUCAGGAAUAUCAGGAACAGAAUGCAGAGCACCUACGAAGAUGUACACCAGGUAAUCGUGGACGAUAGGGAAGAUGAUAACGACAGCGAUGAUGAUAAUGACAACGAUGAUGAUGCCAAUGGCACGGAUGAACCACAAAAAGGAGAUAACAGUCCUACGAGGCGCGGCCCUGCUGGAGGUAAAAGCCCCAAGGGAGGUGACAACAGUGACAACAGUAACGACGACAACAAUCCGCCAAAGACUCGUGAUUCACCCCCAAAUCCAUCUCCGAAUCCCGACCCCGGAUCCAAUCCCAGUCAAGGUCCUUCCAAACCAAAGCCCAGCGUCAAAAAGAACCCUCCCAAGCCAAAGAAUCCUCCCAAACCAAAGAAUCCUCCCAAGCCAAAGAAUCCUCCCAAGCCAAAAAAUCCUCCCAAGCCAAAGAAUCCUCCCGAGCCAAAGCCUACAAGCAAAAGUCCCCGCUCCAGAAAGCGCUCCCGAGAUAUCGGCGACCAAGACCUCCCUCCUCCCUUGAGCAAGAAACCCAAACACUCUGACAACCGAGAUAACAACAAGAAAACAAACAAAAACAAACUGCGCCUGCCCCGCAACUUCCUCACCGUCCCCGCUGCCUCUCUCAUCCCCUGGCUCCGCAUGCUACCAGACCCGUUCCGUAGCCACGUCCUCGACUCAAACACAAACACCAUCAAGCAUCUCGCACGCGCGCGGACCUACCUACAGCGCGCCUACCACCACGACAUUCAGCGGUGGAGGUCAGAGGGCAGGGGCCUAUCGUCUACGAGUAAAGCUGCGGUUAGGGAGUGGGCAAUAGAAUGGGGAGAGAUCAACUCGGACGAACGAAAGGAAAACCCGUCGAUGGAACGGGUGGUGGAGAGGAAGUUGAUGUCGACUGGGAGGGUGGCUUUGAAGAACGUAGUGGGUGGUUUUCCGGCGUUUCAUGGGGAUGAGGAUAAGAUUCCUGAUAGGGUGGGUGGAGAGGAGGAAGAAGAAGACGAAGAAGAGGAGGAUGAGCAGGAGGCAGGAGAAGACGAGGAUAUGAGCGAUGAGUAG